AUGCACCUUCUUUCUUUCUUUCUUUCUUUCUUUCUUAUUAUCCAUCUAUAUAAGCCUUCUUCAUAUCUCUCUCUAUCUCUCGCUCUUUUUUUUUUCAGCCUUGAUCGUUUUUUUUAUGUUCUCAUAACUAGCAUCUUCCCCACCACCACUUUAUUCCUCUACCUCCGCAUAAAAAAAAUAUUCCCCACUUACCAAGUCUAUCCUUCUAAAACAUCUUUUUCCGUACCUUCCUCUCUCACUAUCUUCCUUAUGCCAUCCCUCUCCCUCCAUCUCCUCUUAGACUCCCCCGCCUUUUUCUCUGUUUAUGACUUCUUGCCUGUUAGAGUGCCGUUCUCAUCCGAGCCCUUCCUCUCUCUUUCUCUUUUUUGUUUGCUUGUUUUUUCUUUCUUUUCUUUCUUUCUUUCUUUCUUUCUUUUCUUUCUUUCUUUUUUCUUUUUUAUUUCUUUCUUUUCUUUCUUUCUUUUUUCUUUCUUUCUUUUUUCUUUCUUUUCUUUCUUUCUUUCUUUUCUUUCUUUCGUUCUUUCUUUCUUUCUUUUUUCUUUCUAUCUUUCUUUCUUUUCUUUCUUUCGUUUCUUUCUUUCUUUUCUUUCUUUUUUUCUUUGUUUCUUUUCUUUCGUUCUUUCUUUCGGUCUUUCUUUCUUUCGUUCUUUCUUUCUUUUUUCUUUCUUUCGUUCUUUCUUUCUUUUCUUUUUUCUUUCUUUUUUCUUUAUUUUCUUUCUUUCUUUUCUUUCUUUCUUUCUUCUUUUCUUUCUUUCUUUCUUUUCUUUAUUUCUUUAUUUAUUUAUUUAUUUCUCCCAUUCUUUCUUCUAUAUGUGGGAAGGGUCUGUUUCUCUCUGCCCUUCUCACUCUCUCGCUUACACUCCCUCUAAUUUUCCUGCCUGUCCGUUUUGCUUUACCUUUUCUCUUCCCUCCCAACCCCCUUUCUUUCAUUCUCUCGAUCGUCUGUUUCCCCUUUCCUCUCUAUUUAAUUGUAUCUUUCCACUUCCUUCACUGUCUCCCUCACUUCCUCCUCCUCCUUCUCUCUCUCUCUUCCCCUCAUAUUCUCCCUUCACCUUUUUGCUCCCUCCUUAA